UGACAUUCUGUGGUUCUCUGAUUUCCUCUCAUCCUGUCUCUCAUCACUUGGAAGAAGAGAUCAACGUGGAUGCAGAGUCCCAACUCACAAGAUCCAUAGGAUGUUAUUUUCCUGAAACAGAUCCUCCAGAAAGCCCCAGAGAAAAGUUUUAUCUUCUGACAAAAAGCAAGAACAAUUCAAAAGGGCUGAGCUGAACUCCGCAGCAAACAUGAAGCUGGUUUUGAUCUUCAGUGCCCUCCUCGGGGUUUCCUUGUGCCUGGAAACUUUUGUUGGGCACCAGGUUCUCCGGAUCAAGACCAGAGAUGAUGAUGAGGUUCAGAAGUUACAGUUUUUGGAAUCCCAGGAGCACCUUCAGCUUGAUUUCUGGAUCAACCCUUCCAGCACUUUUCUCCCUGUGGAUGUCAGAGUCCCUGCUAGCAACAUCCAAGCAGUCAAAUCCUUCCUGGAAUCCUAUGGGAUUGAAUACUCCAUCCUCAUUGAAGAUCUGCAGGAUGUUCUGGAUAAAGAAAAGCAAGAUAUGGUGGAGAGUCAGCAAAGGGAGCGCAGCAGCACCGGCUUCGACUUUGGGACUUACCACACUUUAGAUGAUAUUUAUGCAGAGCUGGAUCAUCUUGCAUCUGAGUACAGUGACAUUGUCCAGAAGCUCCAGAUUGGGCAAUCCUAUGAAAAAAGACCUUUGUAUGUACUCCAGUUCAGCACAGGAGGAAGGAACCGUCCUGCCAUCUGGCUCGAUGCUGGCAUCCACUCCCGAGAGUGGGUCACCCAAGCAAGUGCCAUCUGGAUAGCUAAAAAGAUUGCCUCUGACUAUGGGACUGAUCCCUCCAUCACCUCCCUGCUGAACAAAAUGGACAUUUUCCUGCUGCCAGUGACAAAUCCUGAUGGAUAUGUGUACACUCACACCACAAAUCGUAUGUGGAGGAAAACCCGCUCCAAGAUUCCAGGCAGUGUGUGUGUUGGAGUUGAUCCAAACAGGAACUGGGAUGCAGGUUUUGGAGGUCCUGGAGCCAGCAGCAACCCCUGCUCUGACUCUUACCGUGGGCCCAGCGCCAACUCCGAGGUGGAAGUUAGAUCUGUUGUUGACUUCAUUAAGCAGCAUGGAAACUUCAAGGCCUUCCUCACCCUCCACAGUUACUCUCAGCUCCUGAUGUAUCCCUAUGGCUACAAAUGCACCAGACCUGCAGACUAUGCUGAGCUGGAUUCCUUGGGAAGAAUUGCUGCCAGAUCCAUCAGAUCCCUUCAUGGCACAACCUUUACAGUGGGGAGCAUCUGCACUACUAUCUACCAAGCCAGUGGAGGCAGCAUUGACUGGAGCUACGACUCUGGCAUCAAAUACUCCUUUGCCUUCGAGCUGCGCGACACCGGGCGCUUCGGUUUCCUCCUGCCAGCCAACCAAAUCAUCCCAGCUGCAGAGGAGACCUGGCUGGGGCUGAAGAAAAUCAUGGAGCACGUCCGAGACAACCCCUACUAAAAAGCUGGGCUUGGGAAUGAGUUGUCUGGGAGCAGCAGGCUCAGAAAUCUUUUUCCCCUUGGUGUGCUUGAGAGAGCUGAAAUGUGAAAGCUGAAUAAAAACCCUCGCGUGCAUUCCUCCUAC